AUGAAAGCAAAUGGAAAGUCUGGCAAUAUAAAGGAUCUUGUGCAAAAGGAGAAGUGUUCUGUGUUAGGUUUGCAGGAAACGAAAUGUGAUAGUUUUUUCAGAUGCUUGGUUUGCGUCGAUUUGGGGAAGCAGGAGCUUUGGCUAUGUCUUUGUGAUUCUGGCCGCUCCGGGAGUAUUCUUUUAUCUUGGGACGAUAGUGUUUUCUUUAAAGAGUCAGAAAUUAAGGGGGACCAUUUCUGUGGGGUGGUUGGUUUGUGGCAAAAUGUGAAUAAGAAAGUUGGUAUGAUUAAUGUCUACAAUCCUCAAGCUCAGGUGCAAAAGACAAAAGUCUGGGAGGAUCUUAGCUCGGUGAUUCAGAGUGCCUUGGAUGUUAUAUGGGUAAUAUUGGGGGAUUUCAAUGCGGUUCGCUUUCCUGAAGAAAGAAUGGGAUCUAAUUUUGACUCUAAAGAGGCUUCAGAUUUCAACAAUUUUAUUUCUUCUUCUGGGCUUCUCGAUAUUAAUUUUUGCGGCAGACGCUUCACCAGAUUUAGCAAGGAUGGUUCUAAGAUGAGCAAGCUUGAUCGUUUCCUGGUAACUUCUAACUUUUUCUCUAUUUGGAAGGAUCCUUCAGUGCAGGUUUUACAUAGAUCUAUUUCAGAUCAUUGCCCUAUUCUUUUGAAAGUUAAUGAUUUUUGUAUGGGGCCUAAACCAUUUAGAGGUUUUGACUCAUGGUUGGGUAUUGAUGACUUUCAAAAAACGGUCCUUUCUUCUUGGUCUUCAACCUCUUUCCUUGGGGCUGUUGAUUUUGUGUUAAAGGAGAAGGUUAACGCUCUCAAGAAAGACUUGAGAAUUUGGUCAAAAAAAAAUUUAGCCAAUGAAUCAAAAAGGAAAGAUGAGAUUCUUAAAGCCUUGUUUGAUUGGGAUUCUAAAGCUGAAAAGGGGGGUAUUUUAGCUGUCGACUGCCAAAAAAGAGAUGAAUGGAUUUUUGAACUGAUGCUUUUGGAAAAUCGAGCAAAGUUGGAUAUCCAACAAAAAUCGCGCUCUAAAUGGGCUUUAGAAGGGGAUGAAAAUUCAAAGUUUUUUCAUAAUUUCGUUAACUAUCGUCGGAGAAGGAACAAUAUUAAAGGGAUUAUUUGCAACGGGGUUUGGAACUCGGAUCCUUUGGUUGUCAAAAGUGCUUUCUUAUAG